CGAUUUUAUACAACGUUGUAUAUUAAUAUUGGACGCUAUUUUCGUAGACAAUAUACUUUUUCCUCGAUUAGAUUUUAUAAGACUGACCUUUCCACUGACAGCCUCCUUCGUUGCUCUCUUCCUAUUUGGGCGCGAAUCGAGCAAGAUAUUUAUUUACCUAGGCGGUUACAUGUCUCGCAUAUCGCGAGACCUUGCCAACAGCCCACACAACCACAACCAGCAUGGUCGUGCAGACGGGCCCAACUCCACAUCCACAUCACAUCCAGAUCAUGCAACCAUGCAACAAGCACUGCGCGGUGCAACUACCUUUACCUGUGCAAAUGCCCGAGUUCCGCACGUCGCGGUAGUGGGCGCUGGCAUGGCAGGACUUCGAUGUUCCGACGUCCUAGCCCGGUCAGGCGUCAAUGUGACGCUCUUUGAAGCACGUAACCGACUGGGUGGGCGUGUGCAUCAGGUCGAGUCCGGCGGACACUUGGUGGACAUGGGGCCAAACUGGAUCCACGGGACGAAAGGAAACCCGAUCAUGACGCUUGCCGAGAAGACAAAGACGACAGUAAUAGAACCGGAGGAAGACGGAGCACUGUUCGACACGGGGGGAACGCGACGCCCCGAUGCCGAAGCCGUGGAGCUGUCCGGCAAGAUCUGGGAAUUUGUGGUGGACGCGUUCAAGUAUUCGGACGAGCACUCGGCGACGAUUGACCCGCAGACGAGUCUAUUUGAUUACUUCAAAUCUCGAAUAUCAAAGAUGAAAGGCGUUGACGACAGGAAACGGCAGGAUCUGCUCCAUGAAGGCCAGAUGUGGGGUCCUUUCGUGGGUGAUCCGGUCGAGACACAGAGUCUGAAGUUCUUUUUCCUGGAGGAAUGUGUCGAUGGCGGCAACGUCUUUGUGGCCAGUACAUACCAAAAGAUUCUGAAGGAAGCGGCUCGUACGGCGACCGAUCCGGAUAAAGUCGACCUUCGGCUUGAAACCGAGAUUGUCCACUUUGACACUUCGGCAGCAGCACAUAUCAACCCGGGGGAUGGACCCUCUCACAAAGUCACUCUGACAACGUCGACAGGCGAGAAACUGUCAUUCGACGAGGUUGUCAUUACAUGCCCCUUGGGAUGGCUGAAACGAAACCAUACCUCUGCCUUCACACCGGCUCUACCGCCACGAUUGGCUGAGGCCAUAGAGCAUAUCAACUACGGCCGCCUGGAGAAGUUGUACGUGACGUUUCCAGAGGCCUUUUGGCUCAAAUCACACAGCGAAGGCUCCCCUAGGGCUAUCAGCAGCCCGACCUCAGAGGAUGAUCUCAAUAACUCCAACUCCAGUUCACCUUCCGAAUUUCCAUAUCCCAUCUUCACCCAUUUCCACGACCCAAGUUAUGUCCCUCACCCGGCCUCCGAACCGUGGAACCAAUCUGUCGUCUCUCUAGCCCAUUUACUCCCUCCACAUUCUCACCCCACCCUCCUCUUCUACAUCUACGGCCCCUGUGCUACCCACGUUGUCCAUUCUAUCAAGAAUCUUGAACCCCAUUCGGCCGAGUACAAUGCCGUGCUCACAGCAUUCGCCAAACCAUUUUACAGCAAACUGCCCAACUAUUCUGCAGCAAACAAAACUUGUACUCCGACGUCGCUGCUCAUGACGCAGUGGCAGAACGAUCGGUUGGCCGGAAAUGGAAGCUACUGCAAUUUUCAAGUCGGACUGGAGAAAGGGGAUGAGGAUAUUGAAGUGAUGCGGAACGGUGGGGACAACUCCGGGGAUCGCAACAGUAUAAACACACGCGGCCUAUGGUUUGCUGGCGAACAUACAUCGCCAUUCAUUGCGCUGGGCACGACAACCGGUGCCUGGUGGAGCGGCGAAGGCGUCGCAAGGAGGAUUUGUGCAAAGUAUGGGCUCGACGUUCCCGACGAUGUCAAUGAAAAUGAGGCCGGUUUGGGUCAGCCGGCGGAGACUAGUGGCCAGACACUCCAGAAAAAGGAUCUCGAUGGACUGAACUCGAAAGGCGUGAAUAUGGCUGGGCCUGGGCUGGCCUUCUGAUCGAACACUCUUGUUGCUUGAUGGAUGGCCUUCUAUCCUAAGCCUAAGCUGGGAAACUGAAUGAUCAAUCAACCACCUGGCCUAAGGAACCCAAGGAACUGGGUAUUGACUCGUGACUCGUGAGGCCUGGCUUCUAGUUUGACACUUAGCCUUGUUCCAUUGCUCCUGCCUCAAUGGCGUGCAGCAGCUCUUGCCAGUUCCGAGUCCAUAAUCGCAAGACGCCAAGCAACUGAAGAUCAAGGCUUUCACCCUCCGAGGCAAUCAUGCAAUUUCGAACCCAACUCAAUCUUUCCUCUCGCGUCUGUCUCUGUCGGUGCCGAAUCGCGUGUCAUGGUUUGGUGCAUGUGCUGAAAUGCCUUCGAGCGCUGUAAGUUCGACGUAGAACUUAAUUAGCCUCUGUUC